GCGCCAAACUGCAGACAUGGAGCAGGCACCUCCGGAUCUCGAGCGGCAGUGGCAGCCGGCUCCCCUAGAGCCGCUGGGCCACACCGACGCGGGGCUGCAGGCUGCGGUCGGUGAGGAAGCGGAGGGUUCCCGAGACGAGGUCCCCGGAGACAGCACGAUGACAGAAAAUAAUUUUGGGUUGAAGAAGAUAGAAAUUAGUGUUUCAGAAGCAGAAAAGCGAACUGGAAGAAAUGCCAUGAACAUGCAAGAAACAUAUACUGCUUACCUCAUUGAAACAAGGUCAGUUGAACAUACUGAUGGUCAAAGUGUCCUAACAGAUUCACUAUGGAGGCGGUAUAGUGAAUUUGAAUUGUUGAGAAACUACCUUUUAGUUUACUAUCCACAUAUUGUUGUGCCACCUCUACCAGAGAAAAGGGCAGAAUUUGUCUGGCAUAAACUCUCUGCUGACAACAUGGACCCGGAUUUUGUGGAAAGACGACGGAUUGGUUUAGAAAACUUUCUUUUGAGAGUUGCCUCACAUCCCAUCCUUUGUAGAGACAAAAUCUUCUAUUUGUUUUUAACACAGGAAGGUAACUGGAAGGAGACCGUGAAUGAAACUGGGUUUCAACUGAAGGCAGACUCCAGGUUAAAAGCGCUUAAUGCAACAUUCAGAGUGAAAAACCCAGACAAGAGAUUUACUGAACUAAAACACUACAGUGAUGAACUACAGUCUGUCAUCUCACAUCUUCUUCGAGUCAGAGCUAGAGUAGCAGAUCGACUCUAUGGUGUAUAUAAAGUGCAUGGGAAUUAUGGGCGAGUUUUCAGUGAGUGGAGUGCCAUAGAAAAAGAAAUGGGGGAUGGACUGCAGAGUGCUGGUCACCAUAUGGAUGUGUAUGCAUCUUCUAUUGAUGAUAUUUUAGAAGAUGAAGAACAUUAUGCAGAUCAGCUAAAGGAGUAUCUGUUUUAUGCAGAAGCACUGCGGGCUGUAUGCAGGAAACAUGAACUUAUGCAGUAUGACUUGGAGAUGGCUGCUCAGGACUUAGCAUCCAAAAAGCAGCAAUGUGAGGAACUGGCAACUGGGACUGUGAGAACAUUUUCCUUGAAGGGAAUGACUACCAAGCUCUUUGGCCAAGAAACUCCAGAGCAAAGAGAAGCCAGAAUAAAGGUGCUAGAAGAACAAAUAAAUGAAGGAGAGCAACAGCUAAAGUCUAAAAAUCUGGAAGGCAGAGAAUUUGUGAAAAAUGCUUGGGCUGAUAUCGAACGCUUCAAAGAACAAAAGAACCAUGAUUUAAAGGAAGCUCUCAUAAGCUAUGCAGUCAUGCAGAUCAGUAUGUGCAAAAAGGGAAUUCAAGUUUGGACCAAUGCUAAGGAAUGCUUUAGCAAGAUGUAAUCCUGUGAAAUGAAUUUCUCUUCAAUCAAAGUGCCCCAGAACAGAAGCACAAGUAAAUAAAAAAAAAAUAAAGUUGCUAUCCAGUAUACACAAAAAUAUAUAUAAGUUGAGUAAAUUCAACUUUCUUUAAUUUGAUUGUAGUUGUGUUAAUAUAGCACAAAAAGGAUGUAUUUUAAUGAAUAUUAAAUAUUAUAAUUUGAGGUUUUGGGGACUGGUGCUGAUUCCAAAAUGUUAAUUUGAUAAUAUAUACCAGUAUAUUGUUUGUCAGGCUUCUGAACCAGUGACUGAAUGAAAGAUGUUAGAUAAUAUGUUUGUUUCAAUGCCAGUUGUUUCAGAUCUGUUUCUGUAGGGAAUUUUUCCCCAAGAUUGCAUUCCUGUCUUUACUUAGUAAGACCCACUAAUCUGUUAUAGGGGGUUAUUUUUUCUUGCCUUAUAGUUGAGCUGUUUGGUUUGACAAAGCUCAGCAGAAACUUAGUGUGAUCUCUAAGGUUUUCUCUCACAUUCAUUGAUGCCCCCUAUAACAUUUGCAUACACUAGAAAAUGCCUUCAAUUUGUGUUUUACCAGAAUUUUGAUACUGGUCAGAAAUUUUAUACUGCCAACAAAGAAGACUCAACUUCUCAGAUAUAUAGUGGAACCCAUUGUUAUGAUCCAGGAAUUGCUAUAUAGAAAGUUUUAAUUGAAUAUGUUACAUGUAAGCACUAAAUUCUUCUCAAAUAAUUCUUAACCUCAGUGAUGAGCCUAAAUUUACUAUGCUUGGCUCUCUACACAUGGCAUUUCAGGGUACAAGAUGUAGCAUUUCAUUGUAUAAGAUACAUGUAGUGAACGUAUGUGUUAGUAUCUUCAUUAUUAACAUCCUUCUUCUCUAUUGCUUGGCUGUAAUUUUUGUAAAGAUAAAUUAUAUUGUUUGUAUGGUGUGUGUGUGUGUGCGCGUGUGUGGUAUAUGUUCAGAAGCCAAGUACCCUCAUUUUGCUAGCUUUGCAGUAUUUUAAAUGUGUUCUCAUUAUUACUAAUUAAUGUAAAAAAAAAAAAAAUCCCCAGUACUGUUCAGCAUUUGACUUUUUUACAUGUUUAAAAUGUUGCUGGAUUUUUGUGCUGUUUGCCAGACUUACAAUAAAUAAAUGAAGUAUUGUGCUGA